AUGGGUGAUAUUGGCCUAGGGCUUCCCGUGUUCACAUUGUCCUACAACUCCAGUGAUAUUUGUUAUCUAACUGCUGCAAUUAAUAUGUGUUAUAUUAAUUCUUUAUUAAUUUUACAUCGCAAUGUAUUAAUUGAAAGCAUUCCGACAGACGUACUCGCACACGUGGAACUUCUCGUUGUCCCAUGUACAAGUAAAGGUAGGUAUAUGACGAGUUCACAGAUCUGGUUGGUUAUUCCAGAUGUCGAGAACGGUUCAUUGAAACUUAACAAGAGAAGAUUGCAGUUACCAUCACCCCUUUUAUCAUCGUCAUCAUUAUUAUCAACUGCAUCAGGUGACGACGGCAAGUAG